AUGGUCAAGUCGCUCGCGGACGACGCCGAGUCUGGGUACGCGCCGGGCAAGCGGUCCUUCGCGUGGCUCAAGCUCAAGCGAGACUACAUCGACGGGCUCGCCGACUCGUUCGACCUCGUCCCCGUCGGUGCCUACGCCGGGACCGGCAAGCGCUCGGGCGGCUACGGAGCGUUUCUGCUCGCCUGCAGGGUUGCUGCGCCGGGCGCGGCGCGCUACCAGCCCGUCUGCAAGGUCGGCACCGGCUUCUCCGACGACGACCUCGCGACCUUCAGCGCCCUCUUCGAGCGCGGCGGCGCCGCCGCCCCGCGCGGCGACGGCGGGCCGCCCACGUGGCUCGACCUGCCCGCGUCGCUGCCGCCACACUACGAGCCCGACUACUGGCUGGCCACGCCGGCGCCUCCCGCGGUGUGGGAGGUGCGCGCUGCGGCGCUCUCGCUCUCGCCAACCUUCCUCGCGGCGGCGGGGCUGCUGCCCGAGGAGCCGGCCAAGGGCCUCGCGCUCCGGUUCCCGCGCUUUGUGCGCGCGCGGCCCGACAAGGCGCCAGGGCAGGCGACGAGCGGCGCGGAGCUCGCCGAGGCCUUCCGGGCGCAGCCCGAGUUUGCGAGCUUGCGGGCGGAGGGAUAG